UUUGAAAUCCUCGCGCCUCCUCCUUCUUGAAUACGCGCCCUCUCGCCGCGCCCUCUUCGUCGCUAUGAGUCUCCUGCCUAGCUUCGCUACCCGCAUCCCCAGCUCUUCAGGAUCUCUUUGUGCGCUGCUGGCGCUGCUGCUGCUGACGCCGCCCAGGCCCCUGGCCAGCGCUGGUCCUUCCUCGUCCUUGGUAAGAGAGCUGCGUUGCCAGUGUUUAACCAUCGCACCCACGGUUCAUCCAAAAAUGAUCAGUAAUCUGGAGAUGAUUGCCGCAGGCCCGCAGUGCCCCACGGUGGAACUCAUAGCCACCUUGAAGAACGGGAAGAAAGUCUGUCUGGACCCAGAAGCCCCUUUAAUCAAGAAAAUCAUCCAGAAAAUUCUGAGCAGUAGAAAGCAGAAAAAUUAAGAAGGAUCGUGCGUUGGAAAAAUUGCCCAGCUCAUCAGCAGAGCAGUUUUCUGGGGAUCUCUGGACGGAAAGAAAACAAAAAAUGGCAAAGAUUUAAUCUCCUCCACUGAGUUAGGUUUCACCAUGAAUUCCUCACUUUGAGGGAAGGUUGGGAAGAGGGACCUAUGUUUGUAUCUGCAGCUUUCUGUUCAUCUUACGAAAUAUUUUACAUAGUAUUUACUAUUCUUUGUUUGCUGUUACUGUAUCUGCUAUGCUAUUGAAAUUACUGGCAAAUGAUUUAAUAGUGAGUCAAGAAUCACCAGUUGCUACUCUUCCAAGACAAUUAGUUUAUUUCUAGACUAUGUUCCCUAUGUUACUGAAAAAGCUGUGGAUUUAAUGUGUGAAUGGUAUUUCUUUAGAAUGCUAUAUAUGAAGUUAAGCUGUUGCCCCACUCUUCUUAUAAAAUUUUAACUAUUUCAGCAUUGUUUCUUAAGGAAUAUAUUAGAGAAUUUCCUUACUCUUAACCCUGGGAUCCUACUUCAGUUACAUUGUCUUAGAAUACUAGGUACAUCACACAGUUAUCAGUGCAGAAUAAAUUCCCUUAUUUAGAAUGUCUAAAUAUUUGUCCUGCAUAAUUGGGAAUAAUAUAUUCUUUCCUAUAACUCUAGACAUUUGAUGUCUUCUUAGUAUGGCAUAAUGUCAUGACUUAUUCAUUAAACUUUGUUUUUUGUAUUGUAUUUAUUAACUAUUUUAUUAGAAGUGCUAUAGUUUUAGUCACAAAAUAUCUGCUUUGGAUGAAGAAGGUGGAAAAUAGGUAAAUUCAUUAUGGCUAAUUUUUAUAGAAAUACAUUCUUUUAGUUUUUUAAAAAAAGAAUAAAACGAACUUAGCAUGAUCUGUACUCUGAAGGUCUUGAAUAUAUAUUUACACUAUCUGAAUAUAAAUUCAUCACUUAGUUUUUAAAAAAUACACAACACUGCUAAGAUUUGCAGAUGCUUAUGUUGUAUCUUUUGACAAUUUUGUUAUAAAGAAUUACAGAUGCAUCACCUUUACUGUGUUAAAAUUGUGUCCUGUUGGU